AUGGCGAGGAAAGCCGAGAAGAGACAGUCCAGUCCAAACGGCCACGUUCUCCAUAAAGGAGAAGAGGCAAAAGUGAAUGGCGUGCUUGAGAGGCUUGAGUCAGACAUAUAUGAGGAGGAGAACAUCUUUCUGUUUAUUCCAAACAUUAUCGGCUAUGCUCGCAUCAUCUUAGCCGUGGCUUCAUUGUAUUACAUGCCUCUGCACCCGCGGACAUGCUCCUUCCUCUACAGCUUCUCUUGCAUCCUGGAUGCCGCAGACGGCAUGGCAGCGAGAAGAUAUAACCAGGGAACCACCUUUGGCGCCGUUUUGGACAUGGUGACGGAUCGCUGCACCACGAGCUGUCUCCUCGUCUUCCUGGCAUCGGCCUUCCCGAGAUGGUCAAUAAUUUUCCAGGGUCUGAUCAGCCUGGAUCUGGCCAGCCAUUACAUCCACAUGUAUGCAACCUUGACCAUGGCAGGGAGCGGUCAAAGUCAUAAGAAGGUGGAUAGCAGCCGCAGCUGGAUUCUGCAUUUAUACUACACGAACCGAGCUGUUCUAUUCGCUUUCUGCGCGCUGAACGAGCUCUUCUUCAUCGCUCUCUACCUCUUGUCCUUCUCAUCUCCGUACCUCUCGCCGAGUCUGCUGAUCACGAAUAGCAACGGCACCGGAGUCUCUUCGACCCAACCGGGCUCUCCUGUCCAUCCCAAACCUAGUACACUGUUCGCCAAUCCCUGGAGUGCAGGUGCACUGGAACUGGCUCGCGCGAACAAGAUGGACAGUACAGUGCCAUGGAUCCUGGCAGGGGCCAGUUUUCCCGUCAUGGCUGGCAAGCAGAUUAUCAACGUGAUCCAACUGGUCAAGGCAAGCAAGUGGUUGGGUGAAGGCGACAUUGCAGCCAGAAGAAAGGCCGGAAUUGCUAAGAAGAAAAGGGCAUGA